AUGGCUAUGUCGGACGCAUCGAAUCGCGAAAUGGAGCUCCAGGAUAGUGCCGCGCAGCCAGUGACCAAGCGCGACGCGGAGACGAAAUGGAACCUCGAUCCGAUCCAGCGAGCGAUGGGCCAACUCGGCUGGUGGCACAUCCUAGUCUGUGCCGUCGUGUUCCCGCUCAAGUUCCCGGUGGCCUGGCACCAGAUGAGCAUCAUCUUCCUGGGACCUUCGGUGAACUAUACGUGCGCCUCGGACGCGGCUCUGGAGGCCUGCGAUGCGGCGUGCACCGACUGGAGCUAUGACAACAGCACCUUCAGCACGACGAUCGUCGGCGAGUGGGACCUGGUGUGUGCCAACGGUAACCUGGUGAAGCUAUCGCAGACCAUCUUUAUGUUCGGCAUCCUGGUGGGCGGUGUGCUGUUCGGUUCAUUGGCCGACAAAUAUGGCCGCAGACCUCCGUUGGUCAUCGCCGUGCUCAUCCAGCUGGUGGCGGGAGUCGGCGCUGCGCUGGUUGGCUCGUUCUGGGUGUUUGUGGUGCUCCGCUUCUUGACCGCGGUAGCCACGGGCGGUACGAUGGUCACCAGCUUUGUUCUGGUGAUGGAAAUCAUCGGCCCCAAGUGGCGCGAGUUGUUUUCCGUUCUAUACCAGAUCCCGUUCAACCUGGGUCACCUGACGCUGGCCGGUUUCGCGUACUUCCUGCGCGAUUGGCGCGAGCUCCAGUUUGCGUUGUCCAUCUUCUCGGUGCUGAUGGUGUCCUACUACUGGCUGGUGCCCGAGUCGCCUCGCUACCUCUUCACGUCCGGUGACGUUGAUGGCACCGUGACGGUCCUGGAGUCGGCGGCCAAGCGCAACAACCUGCCGACGGACACGAUCCGCACCAGCUUGGAGCAGUACGCCAAGGAGAAGUCGUGCAGCGGUUCCGCCUCGGAUUCGAAGGGAAACGUGCUCGACCUGUUCCGGACGCCCAACAUGCGCUCCAAGACGCUUUACAUGUGUUUCAAUUGGUUCGUCUGUGGGCUGGCGUUCUUCGGCGUGGCUCAGUACAUCGGGCACGCCGGUGGGGACAUCUAUACGAACGUGGCCAUCAGUGCGGCCCUCGAGUUGCCCGGCACGCUAAUCUGCAUCUACAUGAUGAAGGCGUACGGGCGCAAGAAGACGCUGAUAUUUUCCAACACGCUGACCGGAAUCUCGAUGUUGGCCAUCGCGUUCGUGCCACCGUCGGCCAGCACCCUCAACGUGGGCCUCGCCUCGAUCGGCCUGGUGGGCAUGAGCAUCAGCUUCCCGACCGUCUACCUUUACGCCGGCGAACUUUUCCCAACGGUUGUGCGUAACGUCGGAAUCGGUACCGCUUCCAUGAUCGCCCGGUUCGGCUCCAUGAUCGCACCGUUCGUGGCCGGCAUGGGCGGGAUCGCGUACUGGCUUCCGCCGUGCGUCUUCGGCCUGACACCGCUCGUCGGAGCAUUCUUCGUGUUCUUCCUGCCGGAAACGCAAGGUCACCCACUGCCGGAGACGCUCGAGGAUGGGGAAAACUUUGGCAAGCGGCAACGGGUGGCGAGCGAGGGCAUCGACGGACCGGCGAGCGUCGAGAAUGGCAAACACUAGUUUAGCUGUUGGCACCACAGUUUUUGUAGAAUAACUCCUUCUUUUACUCAAACCGUUCCUUCUUCACGCGUGAUACCUACAAGGGAUAGAGCCACGUGGUGUGCCAGAGGACGUUCUGAAAAUGGAAAUAAAUGGGUUUUGUCUCAUACCGAUCGUGCGUGUCUCCGCUUUAGGAGGUUAC